AUGUGUUUGCUGGAGCAGGAGGCGUGCAGCACGGGGUGUGCCAGCCAACCCGCUGAGCCGGAGAUCAAACGGAGGAAGCUCAAGGCCCUGACCAACCGGCCCAAGCCCAUCUCCGUUAUGGAUGCCGUGUCUAGCUGGUGCAAUGACAUCGUCAGUUCCGCCCAGAGCUUCAUUUCUUCCACCUGGACUUUCUACCUGCAGGCUGAUGAUGGGAAGGUUGUUGUGUUUCAGAGCCAGCCAGAGAUUGAGUACUCCUUGCCUGAGUUACAAGCCCCACGCUCCAACGUGGUCGACAAACCUUGGCCCCAAGUCAACUCCCACACACAGCGGCCACAUACUGGAGGGCGGUCACAUGGGGAGAGGAAUGCGGCAAAACCUGGGGCGAAAGCAAAGCAUGUCAACCAACAUGCCGAGGACCCAGCUGCUGAGCACGACUUCCUGGGCUGCAUGUCAAGGCGCUCAGGACUGCCGCGUUGGAUUUUAGCAGCUUGUCUCUUCCUGUCUAUCAUGGUGAUGCUGUGGCUGAGCUGUGCCAGUCUGGUCACGGCACCCGAGCAGCACGUCAAGACCCAGCUUAGCAUCAACGGAGAUAAAGAGUUCAUGGUUGACACCCAGAAGGUCAACCCCUAUCACUUGAUGCCAGUGAUCGCAAUGACAAUCGCCCAAUCGGAGGAGAGCAAGGAGGCGGGGCCGCUUCCGGUCAAGGUUGACCUCAGCAAAACAUCUCUGUAAAAGCACUGAAGAGGUCGAUACUUUUGACGACUAGGGUUCAACACAUCUCCAGAGCUAUUUCUCGCAAUUUAAGGGGAAGUUACAUUGUUUUUCUAUAUAUA